GCUUACUCCCCCAAACACUCCAACCCCACCCUCUCCUCUCACUGUACUCAACAACGACACAGAACGAAGCAGCAUAAAGCAAGAAAGAGAUAACACAUUAUCACACUAAUACUAUUACUAUUACUUAUACUUCAUUUCAUUUCAUUUCAAUCUGAAUAGUGUGAAUAUAUAUCAUAUCAUAUCUCUCGUAGUGUCGUACACCAUUACACCACACGCAUACAUUUGUACACAGACAUGGGACCAUUUCCCUGCGUUUAAAUUUUGAUCUUUUUCGUGGACGACAGGAUCCGACUCUGCCGCUUAACUCUCCAUAUCUUCGCCUUUUAUCUCUCUCUUCUCUCUCACUCUCUUCUUCUUCUUCUUCUUCUUUCUAACCUUCAAACAGUGUCAUUCAUGGAAAUGGAGGACCAUCAUCAUCAUCACCAUCAUCAUGAGCAGCAGCAGCAACAGUAUGGCAUCACUGAUCUGAGGCAACUCUCGAGCCAUUUCCCCUCCAUGCCGCCGCAGCCCACGGCGGAGCUCUUCCCCGCCGGCCACCCCAACCUGGCGGCGACGCAGCACUACGAGAUGAUGAUGUUUGGUCGUCAAGUGGCGGAUAUAAUGCCUCGUUGUCUUCAUGACUUUGCGUCCACCGAUUCCGCCACUAACACCACCAUCGCUGUUGCUACUCCCACCACCACUAGUGCUUCCACUCCUCCUCUUAGUUGCUUAGAGGCUGAAACCGCAGGAUGCAUCGCUGGAGACGCAUCCACCGGAAGAUGGCCCCGACAAGAGACUCUCACUCUUCUUGAGAUCAGAUCUCGCCUCGACUCUAAAUUCAAAGAGGCUAAUCAAAAGGGCCCCCUUUGGGAUGAGGUUUCUAGGAUCAUGUCUGAAGAACAUGGAUACCAAAGGAGUGGGAAGAAGUGCAGGGAGAAGUUUGAGAACCUUUACAAAUAUUACAAGAAGACAAAGGAGGGAAAGGCAGGAAGACAGGAUGGGAAGCAUUACAGGUUCUUUCGUCAACUUGAAGCCUUAUAUGGUGAAAACAGUAACCAAGCCUCGGUGCCAGAAACCAAUUUUGGAAGUAGCAGCCUUCGUUUCCACACAAGCAGCCACACUAACCCUUCUCAAACAAAUCAAGAAAUGUUUCAGUCUCAGAAGCAUUGUGAUAGCCUCAGUCUCACCAACUCCACUGACUUGGACACGUCAUCAUCGGAUGACAAUGAUCAAAACAGCACUGGGGGACUCAAGGACAAUGACUCCAUGGAGAAGAGGAGAAAGAGGGUGAGUGGAAGAAGCUGGAAGGUGAAGAUAAAAGACUUCAUUGACUCACAGAUGAAAAAACUGGUGGAGAAGCAAGAGGAGUGGUUGGAUAAACUCACAAAGACACUGGAACAGAAGGAAAAGGAGAGGGUAUUAAGGGAAGAAGAGUGGAGGAGACAAGAAGCUGCAAGGUUGGAGAGGGAACACAAAUUUUGGGCCAAAGAGAGAGCAUGGAUUGAAGCAAGGGAUGCUGCUUUGAUGGAGGCUUUGCAAAAAUUAACAGGAAAUGAGAUAAAGAGUACUCAAUCUCCUGAGGGUCUAAUGGUAACUGGAAUUCAAAACCACAGUGAGAACCAGAAUGAAGAUGGAAGUGAAAUACUAAAUAGCACUAUUGCAAGAGGUGCUGAGAGCUGGCCAGAAUCUGAGAUUACAAGGCUUCAACAGUUGAGAGCUGAGAUGGAGACAAGGUACAUCCAAAAUGGGUGCUCAGAAGAGGUUAUGUGGGAGGAAAUAGCAACCAAAAUGGCUUGUUUUGGUUACGAAAGGAGUGCUUUGGUGUUCAAGGAGAAAUGGGAAACUAUGAGCAGCUAUGCCAAGGAUGGAAACAAGAAGCGCAAGGAAAACUCAAGAGGUUGUUUUUUCUUCGAUAACAGUGACCAGUCUUCUCUGUAUAACCAAGGAGGUUCCUAUUGUGAUAUCAAUGAUCAAAGGCACGAGACUGGGAGGAUGCAAACAAAUGAUGGUUCUUCACCUUCGAAUUCAAAUGUUGGGAAUGCAGUUGCGGGUGAUAACUGCUUUCCCUUCUUGAUGGCUGAGGGUGGAAAUUUGUGGGAGAACUAUAGCUUAAAGGUUAAUAAAGCAAACCAAAACCAGUGAUGAGAGAGAAAUAAGGUUGACACUCGUUAGAGGUACGAAAAUUAAUUUCACAACCUUUCAUCUGAUCAUGAUCUCACGUUGUGUAAGCAAGAGCUAACUGAGGGUUUAUGUAUAGAGACUGGUGAUGAUAAUGUGGUCAAUCUUAUUUUAUUUAUGGGAAUCAACUAAGGUAAAAAAUAAUGUGUUCAAGUCACGUACGUUAGUUUAAUGAGGGAGAUAUUGGCAAAUAUCAAUGAAUUGUUGGUGACGAGUAAGACACUAAUUCAGGUGAGUUUCUCUUGUAGCAGUAGCCGAUUUCUUUUAUGCGUGCAAAUGUAAUUUGCAAUUUUAUUAUUACUUCAUAUGUUGCAUCUUCAAUGAUGUUUAUAUCAUCAGUUAGUCGCUGUCUUUUUUCUUCCUCCUUCCUCAUCCAUCUUUGAAUUUCUUUUUUGUUGUAAUUUUUUAAUAUUUAGCUUUGCAGGCCUUUUGUGUUUGAAGGCCGUGAUCUAGGUAGCAAUUUCUUUGGUUUUACAUAUUGGUCAAUAUUUUUAUGAACGGGAGAAAGUGAUGUAUUGAUGGAUAUUGUUACAAGCAUAAAAAAAAGGCCUGAUUUUUUUUUU